UCUUCGGUCGGUUAUCCAGAUACGCAGAAGUCACGCUGGACUUUUGGUUUUUACUGAGGAGGCUGCGAGUGUGAAUCGCCUCCGCAGUCUCGGAUGCGUAGUGAACCGGUGCUGGGAGUGAGUGGGUUGGGUCGCCUAGGCGGCUGGCAUACGCACACUUCGUCGUCAGCGAUAAAACAGAUAGGUGAGGGUGAAGGCGAGAGGAAACGACACCCGAGGGUUUUUAAACAGGAGGACAUUGGAGAGGGUUUUGCAGACCUCCUUAUUUUCUGAUUCAGGACCAGCAGCUGACCACACUGCCAGACUGCACCGGCUCCUCAUCUAAAGGGGGGAUAUUGAAAGUGUAUCAGCGGAGCAACACACAAUGGCAACCGGUGCGCUCCUUCUAGUCUGUGCGCUGCUUGCCAGUGCUGCUGUGGCGCAGAGAGUGGUAAUUGUGGAAAGUGGACCGCUCAUACGGACUGAAGGCUCACAUGUGACCAUCUGGUGCAACGUGACAGGCUACAAAGAGGGGACAGAGCAGAACUUCGAGUGGUCCAUGUACCUCCCUUCAGCGCCCGACCGGGAGAUUCGCAUUGUGAGCACAUCCACGAAAAACUAUGCCUAUGCUGUGUAUUCCCAGAGGGUGAAUAGUGGGGAAAUCUUUGUGGAGAAGCUGAGCAGUGACUCAGCGUUGCUGCACAUCACCAAGGUGCAGGCCAAGGACCAAGGUCUGUUUGAGUGUUACACACCCAACACAGACGGGCGAUACCUGGGAUCCUACAGUGCACGCACCAACCUCACUGUUAUAGCUGACUCCUUGACGGUAACAGCUCCGGCCCAGACUCUGUCCAAAGUGGAAGGCGAUACGUUACAACUUACCUGUGAGGUGUCUCGGACCACAGUGCAGCACACUCACCUGUCAGUUGGCUGGUACCUGCGAUCCCCAGAGGACCCAGUCGCCGCACCCCAGGAGUUGGUCACAUUGUCAAGAGACUUUGUUUUGCGCUCUGGGGGGCCAUAUCGGCAGAGGAUGGCAGCGGGGGACCUCAGGCUGGAUAAAACCAGCGCCACAUCCUACAGGCUGACCAUUCACAAGCUGCAGCCAGUCGACCAGGGACUGCUGUACUGCCAGGCUGCUGAGUGGAUUCAGGACCCAGAUGGAAGCUGGUUUGCCAUGACCCGCAAGCAGAGCGACAAGACUCAGCUCCGUAUUCAGCCCACUGACCGGGACUUCAGCAUCCAGGUGAGCACGGAGCGACGGUCCUUCACGGCCGGUGAGCCGCUGGAGCUUCGCUGCACCAUUGAGGCGCAGAAUGUCCCCGAGCGUUUCUUCUCGGUGUCGUGGGUCUUCAGCAGCUCACCGGUGGCCGUGGUGGGCCCCAGUGCCGUGCCUAUCCUGGGCCCUGAUUAUGUUGCCCGGGAGGCCGCCGGUCAAAUGACCGUGCGCAAAGAGAGUGACAACGUGCACCUGCUCAAGCUGCAGCACUUGCAACCUGACGAUGCUGGGAAAUACAUCUGCCGCGUAACAGAGCGGGAGAGGACGCCCACGGGAGACUUCAUCGACCGCAGCAAGAGGUCCCGCAAUGUCCAGAUCACAGUCCAGACACUCAAGAGCAACAUCACAGUAUUGUUGUCCAGUAACUCCUCGGUGGUCCUAGAGGGGGACGUGAUCCAGCUGACCUGCACAGUCCAGGCUACCACAGGCCCCCUGUCUGUUGUCUGGCACUGGACAGACAGCAAAACAACUUCACUGACUAAGGAAGUGGCUUCCGUGGAUCGGGAUGGCACAAUAUGGCACAGUCCCAGCUACAGAGAGCGUUCCAGUUAUGGGGAAAUACGUGUGGAGAAGGUGCGAACUGACACAUUCUCUCUUUCCAUCCACAAUGCCUUACCUGGGGAUGGCGGCCAGUACCACUGCACAGCAAGCGAGUGGCUUCAUACCGGCUCUGAACCGGAUCUAAACUGGGAGAAGAUUGGGGAGAAAUCGGAUACCAAGGUGGUCAAUGUCACAACUGUCGAGUCCUCAUUCUCUGUGUCGGCCUCAUCGCGGACACCAUCCAUAACGUUCGGUGACUCCUUUGAUCUCCUGUGUCUGGUCAAGCCUCGCCAUAACCCUCGUGUCCCCAUUUCUGUCACUUGGCACUUCAAGCCGGCUGGAAUGGAAAUGGAUGGUGAAGCUGAGGGAGAGUUCAGCGACCUGGUGACUUUCACCCGUGAAGGCACGCUGCAGUGGGGGGAGCAACUGCUGGGGUUGGGCACCCGCACCACUGUGGACCGGUCCCACUCCCACACCAAUUUCUGGCUGUCUGUGACCCGGGCAGGGCGCCGUGAGGCGGGCAAAUAUCGGUGCACCGCGGUCCUGUGGAGGAGGAACUACGACAACAGCUGGAGCAGAGUAGCCAAUCGCACUUCCAACCCUCUUGGCAUCAGUGUCCUACAGCCAGAGAGUAAGCUUAAAGUGCAAAAGAACAACCAGUCUCAGGUGUAUCUGGAAGAAAGCCGUGUCAGGAUCAAUUGCUCCAUCACCUCCCAGACCAGCCAGGACUCCCAGCAUGCCGUGAUGUGGUACGUGAGACGUGCAAAGGGGUCAGACGCCGACGAGCUCCUGCUGAGGAUCGAACGCUCCGGGGCCUUCGAAUAUGGCGCCUACGCAGAUGAGGAGCGACUGAAACGGCGUGUGCAGGCUGAGAGGUUGUCACCCCGUCUUUAUGUGCUGACACUGAACAGGGCUGAAAGCAGUGAUUCUGGGACAUACUACUGCUUGGUGGAGGAGUGGCUGAGUGACCCAGAUGGAGCCUGGUAUCGACUCUCCCGGGACUCCUCAGGGUUCACGCAGGUUCUGGUCAGAAAACCAGAGCGUCGACUGCAGGUCGAAGAAUUGGAGUCAAACGUUACCGUGGAAGAGUCCGGUCCAAUCCGACUGGGCUGCAGCAUUCCUUCGCAGUCGUCCCCAAACUCCCGCUUCUCCGUGUCCUGGUAUGUCGAGCGCUCUGAAGAUGGCGACGAUGAGGAUCAGCUGGGGCAAGAAGAAGAAGAGGAGCGGGACUGUGUGUUCUCCAUCGGCCACGAUGCAGUUUUUGGAAAUGGAAACUGCAGCCCCAGAGAGGAAGCUGGGCCAAAUUCUCGCUUGCAGUUUGAGAGGAUGACCUCUGAUCAGUACAGCCUGACGAUUCAAGGAGCCCGGCCGACAGACGCGGGCCGAUACUACUGCCACGUAGAGGAGUGGCUACUCAAUCCCCGCAACGCAUGGUACCGCCUGGCCACCAACAAUUCUGGGUACACUAUUGUCAAUGUAUUGCAACAAGUGUCCACCGUCCAGUCAGUGGUGUGCUCCAACAGCUCCCUCUUCUACUUUGUCUUUUUUUAUCCCUUCCCCAUCUUUGGCAUCCUGCUCAUUGCCCUGCUGCUAGUGCGCUACAAGAGCCGCAACAACAGCAAGAGCCAAGAAGGCAAGAAUGGCGCCCCCCUCCUGUGGAUUAAAGAACCUCACCUCAGUUACUCUCCCACCUGUCUAGACCCGCCAGCGCUCAGUCUGCACCCCGGCUCGGUCGACUAAGCAAGGGUCCUCCCCGACUGCCUUGCGCGAAUCGUGGAUUCAGCCUACACUAUGCCAGGGAGCAGAUCUGGACCCCACCCCUACAAACUUCCUGAGCCAAGAGUCGACACGAAGCCCAAUCUCCCUCAUCAUUUACAAUAUCUGACUGCCAAUUCUACUUGCCCUUUGAGCCUGUGAAGUAGACCAUUUCAAGAAUGGGUGUUGUGAAGACUGUGUUUGAUAUUAUUGCUCCUACUUGUAUUUUUAAUGCUUUGCUUUUAUGCGGCAUUUCAUUAAACAUAUAUUUAUGUCCAGAAAAAAAAAAAAAAAAGAAGCCAAAAGUAUUGUGUUACCAAUACUGACACAAGCCACUCAACUUCCUUUUUUUUUCCACAUAAUCCGUUUCAAGUAGGCCAUACCAUUUCAAGUUGAGCGGGGCUGGGAGUUGGAAAUGUGACGCAUGCGCAGCAAAUACAGCUACAACUAAACUGAUCAGUGUCAUAAAAGAACCUGGAGCAUCAGCUAGCUGUCCAUCCAUUAUUACGCAGGUGCUAACAAGAUUGGAUAAGAUUGGGCGAUUCAUUUUUCAAUCCCAGCUGGGUGCAGGGUGCUUGGGGGGCAUACAGAGGAACAAGAGAAGCGGUACCAGCUCAAAGGUCAACAAUAUAAUGAGGCAACAUUUUGACAUUUUCAUUGAGCAAAUUCUACGUGCACAAAACUGGCAUAUGGCUGAUACAGGGUGUAUACAAUGAAUGAUGGACAUUUCUGAUAAACAAACAACAAUCAAAUGUGUAAAGGUUUAUUUUGUUUGCAUUAUGAUUUCUUGAUGGUCCUAAUUUAUAAGUAUUCUCACACAUGAUGUUGCCUAACAAAGACCUCGGUGGUCAAAAUAUUGCCUUAUUAUCUGUGUGUUUAUGGCUACAUUUCUUUAAAGGAAAAAGAAAAUCUCACAACAGCAAAGAAAUCCAUGAAAUAAAUAACCGAACUGUUUAUUGAUGUGGUUGCGGACAGAAAUGGUUUCCAGUUCUUAUGGACUUGGUGUUUUCAUCGGCGCUAAAUAGAAAGCUCUGAUGCACAAGACAGGGGGAAAAAAAAAAAAGAAUCUACAUGAACUCAUUUGUUGGUUGAGUGAUUGCCUUUUAUGAAUCUUAGACAUUUCCAGGGAUGCAGGACGGGUACAUGGUGCCCGCCGAACAGCUGCUUCAGCUUUAAUGUGUAAAUCCCACAAUCCGAGACUUAAUUCAUGCAAAAUUAAUUGUAUCUUUCUAGACUUUAGCCAGGAAGUGGAGGAUGCGGUUGUGGUUUUUCAUGUCACGUUGCUCACUAUCAUCAAUAGCGCUGUACAGUCUCUAGUGUUUCGGUAAUAAUAAUAAUAAUAAUACCACCCAUAGCUGCUUCCCAAGAUUUCUCCACACAUUCUGACAGUCUUGUAGCUGUGUUUUGAGGGCUGCAUGUUCUGGCUGUGUGCUGGCUCCAGAUUUAGGUGUAAAACAGUGUGUGUUGAUGUGUUCAGUUGAACCAGUGAUGCUUUAUUUUCACUGAUGUAUUUUUGUAUGACCAUGGUUAAUUUAUUUUUCCUUAUGUUAUUCUAUCGAAUAGUUACCAUUGUGACCAUUAAAGAGACACUUAGCUAUUGUCAGUUUAUUGCAAUAAAAUACAUUGAUCGCA